CGGUUUCCAGCCGGGCCCCUUUCCCAGCCGGGCCCAAGCAUGGCUGCCCCCAGGACUGCGGGUCGGGAAGCCGCCGUGCUCGCGCUUUCCUGACAGCCCUUGGCUGCUGUGGUCUCCUUCUCUUCCCCAGGCCACUCCAGCAGACAUGUUUGCCAAGGCCUUUCGGGUCAAGUCCAACACGGCCAUCAAGGGGUCGGACAGGAGAAAGCUUCGGGCCGAUGUGACAGCUGUUUUCCCCACUCUUGGAACGGAUCAGGUCUCUGAGUUAGUACCUGGAAAGGAAGAACUCAACAUUGUGAAGUUGUAUGCUCACAGAGGGGAUGCAGUGACUGUGUACGUGAGUGGUGGUAACCCCAUCCUAUUUGAACUGGAGAAAAAUCUAUAUCCGACAGUGUACACCCUGUGGUCUUAUCCUGAUCUUCUACCAACAUUUACAACAUGGCCCCUGGUGCUUGAAAAACUGGUGGGGGGAGCAGAUUUGAUGCUGCCAGGACUAGUGGUGCCCCCUGCUGGUCUGCCUCAGGUACAGAAGGGUGACCUCUGUGCCAUUGCCUUGGCGGGGAACAGAGCCCCCGUUGCCAUUGGAGUUGCUGCCAUGUCCACAGCUGAGAUGCUGACCUCAGGUCUGAAGGGAAGGGGCUUCUCUGUGCUCCACACCUACCAGGAUCACUUGUGGCGAUCUGGAGACAAGUCCUCUCCACCAUCCAUUGCUCCACUGGCCCUGGAUCCCCCAGAUCUCAGUGAAGAGAAGGGCUCUGUCCAGGCAGACAGCACCGUGCAGGGAGACAUGAGGCGCCUGACCCUGGAGGGAGAGGAGCAGGAGGAGGGGGAGGUUCAGCAGAGGUGUGGGGAGAAGUCCCUGUCAGAAGCCACGGAAGACCCCAGUGUCGGGGGCCUGAACCCAGACCCCACGGACAGCAAGACCCUUCAAGAACAAAUGGACGAACUGCUGCAGAGAUGCUUCUUGCGUGCUUUGAAGUACCGCGUCAAAAAGGCUGACCUCCCUUUACUCACCAGCACUCUCCUGGGCAGCCACAUGUUCUCCUGCUGCCCCGAAGGACGACAACUGGACAUAAAGAAGUCAAGCUACAAAAAGCUCUCUAAGUUCCUGCAGCACAUGCAGCAGGAGCAGAUUAUACAGGUGCAGGAGCUGAGCAAAGGGGUGGAGAGCGUUGUGGCUGUGGACUGGAAGCACCCGAGGAUCACAUCUUUCGUCAUACCCGAGCCCUCCCCGACCUCCCAGACAAUCCAGGAGGGUAGCAGGGAACAGCCCUAUCACCCUCCAGAUAUAAAAUCCCUCUACUGUGUCCCAGCCAGCAUGACCCUGCUCUUCCAGGAGUCUGGCCACAAGAAGGGGAGCAUCCUCGAGGGCAGUGAGGUCCGAACAAUCGUCAUCAACUACGCCAAGAAAAAUGACCUCGUUGAUGCAGACAACAAAAAUCUUGUGAAAUUGGAUCCCAUCCUAUGUGACUGCAUCUUAGAGAAAGGUGAACAGCACACAGUCAUGAAGCUUCCAUGGGACAGUCUCCUGAACAGAUGUUUGGAAAAAUUGCAACCUGCCUAUCAAGUGACCUUUCCGGGACAAGAGCCCAUUGUGAAGAAAGGCAAAAUCUGCCCAAUUGACAUCACCCUAGCACAGAGAGCUUCUAACAAAAAGGUGACUGUGGUCCGGAACUUGGAGGCCUAUGGUCUGGACCCAUGCUCCGUGGCUACCAUCCUCCAGCAGCGAUGCCAGGCUAGCACUACUGUCACUCCUGCCCCUGGGACCAAGGACAUCCUGCAGGUUCAGAUCCAGGGAAAUCAGAUCCACCACCUCGGCCGGCUGUUGCUCGAAGAGUAUCGGCUUCCUCGAAAACACAUCCAGGGCCUGGAAAAGGCCCCCAAACCUGGCAAGAAGAAGUGACAGACUCUUGUUUCAUGUGGUUGAUCCAGAGGAAAUCCAAGCUGUGGGCUGGUAAUUUAUAUGAGUAUUUUCUGCUUUUGCAAAUUAAAAAAAUAUAUAAUUCUUUACCAAAAUAAAUUUUUAUUCUAAUCUAAA